AUGGUACAUUCAUAUAAGGAUCUGCCACAGAGGCUGUAUCAGAUCGGACGCAAAUACCGCGACGAACGAAGACCAAGACAAGGACUAUUACGGGCCAAGGAAUUCAUGAUGAAAGAUCUCUACACAUUCGAUCACUCAACAGAAGCCGCGCUCAAGACUUACGAAGAAGUACGGGAAGCAUACAACAAUCUGUUCAAUGAGCUUCGACUGCCAUAUCUAGUCGCCGAUGCCGACUCCGGUAACAUGGGAGGCAAACUGAGCCACGAGUAUCAUUUUGUAUCCCCCAAAGGUGAGGACAAUGUGUGGUCUUGCAACUCAUGCGACUACGUCGCCAACGAGGAGCUUGUGGAAAAGAGCGGCCAAGCCGUAGCGUCAUGUACCGACAGCUGGCUGGCAUACACAGGUAUAAGCGUCGAUAAAAAGACAAAGAUCAACGUGUGGAUACCACGUCCAUCCGAGAGUGAGACGGAUGUAAGACAGAGAUAUGAGCAUGUCAAUCUUCACGCUGUCAAGAAAGCACUCCCAGAGGAGAUCGAGCUGGACACCGGCAUCGAAUCCUCAUCACUCGCUUCUAUGCUCCGAAAGGGCAAAAAUACCAUUGACCUCUUCGACCCCUCCCUUGCCUUCGACAAGAAUGAUAGGUCACUCUCAAAUCCUCUGUCUUCCAAACUAAAUCUCACGCCCGUCGGAACUGGCGAUUCAUGUCCUCGCUGCUCGGACGGAAAACUCGACGUCCAGAAAGCCAUCGAAGUAGGCCACACCUUCCACCUCGGCACCCGGUACAGCAAGCCCCUCAACGCAGUCGUUGCCUUGCCAGACCAAAACCUCUCCUCUCCAAUACAAAUGGGCUGCCACGGUAUCGGCGUUUCGCGCAUCAUCGGAGCUGUCGCAUCACUGCUCUCAGACGCUCAAGGGCUGAACUGGCCAAGGGCGAUAGCACCCUAUGAAGCCGUCAUCCUCACAUAUCCAAAGGUUGAUGAGAGCGACGCGGCAGAAGUGUACGACGCGAUCUACGGUGAAGGUCGGUAUGGAGAUGUGGAUCUAGUGUUGGAUGAUCGAGUAGCAAAGAGCUUAGGGUGGAAGUUGAAGGAUGCAGAAUUGAUUGGAUAUCCUGUCGUCGUUGUGUUAGGCAGAGGCUGGACAGAUAGGAGAGAAGUAGAGGUACAAUGCCGGAGGUUAGGGUUCAAGAAGGAUGUUGGUUUGGGUGAACUCAGGCAAGAGGUCUUGGGAUUGCUGGAUCAGUUGUAG